GUUUCUCAUUUCUCAUCGUCCCCGCCAGGAAAGAGAGGUUAGCCGCUCUCACUCUCUCUCUCUCUCUCUCGGAGCGCAGCCAUGGCGGAAGUGAUUGCGCAGGACGCACCCCUUCCCCACCUCGAUGUCAAGCUCUUCAACCGAUGGAGCUUCGACGACGUUCAGGUCACUGACAUUUCACUGGCUGAUUAUGUCGGAGUGAUAUCAGCAAAGCAUGCUACCUAUGUUCCUCACACUGCUGGGAGGUACUCAGUCAAGCGAUUCCGCAAGGCUCAGUGUCCAAUAGUGGAGAGGCUUACAAACUCGCUGAUGAUGCACGGUAGGAACAAUGGAAAGAAACUCAUGGCCGUCAGGAUAGUUAAACAUGCGAUGGAAAUUAUUCAUUUGCUGACCGAUCUGAAUCCCAUCCAAGUUAUCGUUGAUGCUGUGGUCAACAGUGGACCUCGUGAAGAUGCAACACGUAUUGGUUCUGCUGGAGUUGUUAGGCGUCAGGCUGUCGAUAUUUCCCCACUGCGUCGUGUGAAUCAGGCCAUCUAUCUCCUUACCACUGGUGCUCGUGAAUCUGCAUUCCGAAACAUUAAGACAAUUGCAGAAUGCUUGGCAGAUGAACUUAUUAAUGCUGCAAAGGGAUCCUCCAACAGCUAUGCCAUCAAGAAGAAGGAUGAGAUUGAGAGAGUUGCCAAGGCAAACCGUUGAGGGAUCAGAAUUGGAAUCUCAAGGACUUUGACAAAAGUGUUUUGUUUGCUUCGUUCUUAGCCCUACAAUUUUCUCUAGAUUGUUACUCGUGAGUCGUGAACAUGGUAGCUGGUGGCUUUUUUGGGUAAUGGGAAUUUACUUUAUUUUUGUUUGGAGUUUAUUUAUGAAUGUGGAGAGCUUUUAAGCGAGUA